AUGUGAAGAUAGAAAUAGAAUACAGUUUUCUCUCGCUUUCUCUCCCACCUCAGGCUUUGACUCUACGUCCCCCAAACCCCUGAAUUUUUGCUGAUUAAAAGAUCCAAACGCACGCGACGUACUCCACAGCCCACAGUGCGUGCGCCGGCCGAACGCCGCCAUGGCCAACCCCAUCAUCCCCACCAGCGGCAAUGGGGAAGAGGCCACGACCAAGCUGGGCCGGCUCAACGCCGCCGUUGAGCGGUCCUGGGUGGGCCGCCGCUUCCACCUGGCCGCGCGCGGCACGACCUUCACGACGGAGCUCCGCGCCGGCACGGCCACGUUCCUCACCAUGGCGUAUAUCCUCGCCGUGAACGCCUCCAUCCUCUCGGACUCUGGCGGGACGUGCACUGUCGACGACUGCCAGGCGCCGUCGCCGCGCUGCAAGUUCCCGCCCGUUGACCCCGGGUACGCCGCCUGCGUGUCCCGCGUGCGGCGGGAUCUGAUCGUCGCCACCGCCGCGUCGUCCGUGAUCGGCUCCUUCAUCAUGGGGGCCUUCGCCAACCUGCCGCUCGCGCUCGCCCCCGGCAUGGGCACCAACGCCUACUUCGCCUACACCGUCGUCGGCUUCCACGGCUCCGGCACGCUGCCGUACCGCACCGCGCUCGCCGCGGUCUUCCUCGAGGGCCUCAUCUUCCUCUUCAUCUCCAUCGUGGGGCUGCGCUCCAAGCUCGCCCAGUUCAUCCCCAAACCCGUGCGGAUCUCGUCGUCCGCGGGGAUCGGGCUCUUCUUGGCCUUCAUUGGGUUGCAGAGCAACCAGGGCCUGGGGCUUGUUGGCUUCAGCUCGUCGACGCUGGUCACGCUCGGCGCGUGCCCGGCGUCGGAGCGCGCGUCCGUGGCACCGGUGAUUACGUUCCCCAAUGGUACAGUCGCACUGAUGCCUGGCGGCACGGUCUCCGGCGGCAUACUCUGCCUCUCGGGUCGGAUGACAUCCCCAACCUUCUGGCUCGCUGUUGUGGGCUUCCUAAUCAUCGCUUUCUGCCUCAUCAAGAAUGUCAAGGGCGCCAUGAUCUACGGCAUCCUCUUCGUGACGUUCAUCUCCUGGCCGCGCAACACCGGCGUCACCGUGUUCCCAGACACGCCGGCCGGCGACGAGAGCUUCAGCUAUUUCAAGAAGGUGUUCGAUGUCCAUCGCAUCCAGUCUACCGCCGGCGCCCUGGACUUCAGCGGAGCCGGCAAAGGAUUCUUCUGGGAAGCGCUCGUCACCUUCCUCUACGUGGACAUCCUCGACACCACGGGCACGCUCUACUCGAUGGCGCGGUUCGCCGGGUUCAUGGACGACGCCACAGGGGAGUUCGAGGGGCAGUACUUCGCCUUCAUGUCCGACGCCACGGCCAUCGUGUUCGGGUCUUUGCUGGGCACCUCCCCCGUAACGGCCUUCAUCGAAUCGUCUACGGGGAUCCGAGAGGGCGGGCGGACGGGGCUGACGGCGCUCACGGCGGCGGUGUACUUCACGGCCGCGCUCUUCGUGACACCGCUGCUGGCGUCGAUCCCGCCAUGGGCGGUCGGCCCGCCGCUCGUGCUGGUGGGCGUGAUGAUGAUGCGGUCGGUGGCGGAGGUGGACUGGGUCGACAUGCGGCAAGCCGUGCCGGCGUUCUUGACGCUCGCGCUCAUGCCGCUCACCUACUCCAUCGCCUACGGUCUCAUCGGCGGCAUCGGCAGCUACAUGCUACUGCACUCAUGGGAUUGGGCGUGUGAUGCCGCAACCAAACUUGGCUACCGCCGCAAGGUGGGUGCUGGCGCCGUCACCGAGAUGAGUAGCAGCGGCAGUGCCGGUGGUAGCAAUAGGGAGCAUGUGAAUGAUGGGGGACAUGCUUAGCAGCUUUGUGAUCUUGUAGGUAUUAGUAUUUAUUUUGUGCCUUUAGGAUCCUCAAUUUGAUCGUGUUUGGAUACUAGGAUGUUCAUAUCUGUUUCCGUUAGAAAUAUUUCGGCAAUUUGCAACCAAAUUAUUA